AUAAUCAAAUAUAUUUUACAAAAACAUGGUAAAAAAUGUUUAGAACGAAAAAAUGCUUUUGGCUGGACCCCACUUAUGCAAGCUAUUAGAAAUGAAAGUACACAGAUGGUAACAUUUUUACUAAAUCUUGGUGUUAUUGUGAAUGACUUUUCGUUUUUAGGGAUGUCCAUUUUAAGUCUUGCAUGUGCUAUUAGUGGCGAUAUGUUUGAGUUAAUUUAUAAGAGUUGUCCAUCAGCUUUAGAAUAUGCAGCUCAUGAUGAUAUCAACCCAUUAUGUGUGGCAGCAUUGAAAAAUGAUAAAGAAUUAUUUUUCAAAUUAAUUCAUCUUAAUUUAGAUCUUCACAGAGCAAAUGCUUUCACGCAUACAAUGAUCAAACAAUCAACAGAACCAGAAAUAGUUGCAGUAGCUAAAUCACAUUUAAAUUCAGAAGAUUAUUGGAAUGAUCUUUCUGAUAUCGAAGACUUAUUAAAAGAUGAAGAAAGUACUAGCAAUAGUAUAAAUAAGACUGAUAUUAAAAGCAUUUAUUAUAAUGAUAAUUUAAAAACAACAACUUGUAUUACAAAAUUUUGUGUUGAAAUUUCUCCAUCAGCAAUGACUAAGCAUAUAUCAAAUAAAAAUUUGUAUUUGAAUUUACAACCUUCAAAGUUAACUUAUAUAUCAAAAAAUCCUCUAUCACCUGAUUUGUCAUACUUUAAUGGUGAUAUAUUACCAAUUUCUCCAAACACUUUUGUUCUAGAAGAUGGUAAAAAUAACACAUUCACAAGACUUACAUUAAACGUAAAUGAAAAAAUAAAUACCACAGAAAAUUAUAUAAAUAAAUCAUCAUUAAUUAAGAUACAGGAUCCUGUAUCCCCAUUAGUUCUCAGAAGUUUUAAGCCUCAAUUUAGUCCAACUAAGUCACCCAAUUUACCUCACGAUAUGAGCGAGGAUAAUAUAUUUGAUGAAACAACUCCUACACCACCCAAAUAUAAAACGCCUCCACGAGGAAUAAUGUUAGAUCCAAGUACUACCCGGUUAAUCGUUUUACUGCAACAGUUUGGAUUAAAAAGACAUAUUCCUUUAUUUGUUGAGCAAGAAGUAGAUUUGGAUUUAUUUUUAUCUCUUAAUGAUAAAGAUCUAAUUGAAAUAGGAAUUGACUGUAAAAUAGAACGAUUAAUUUUAUUAUCUGUUAUUAAGGAAUGUAAGGGAAGUGAAACAUGAAUAUGUUUUAUAUUAGAUAAAGUUAUAUUAAAAACAACAUACU